AUGAUUGGAGAGCUGAAGAGGAUACUGGGAAGCAAGGAGGCAACGCUUGAGGAGAAGGAGGCAACAGUCCUUGAGAUCUUCAAGAUUCUCAUCUCCAAGGGAGACUACUGCUCGAUUGGGGACACCAUCACCUCGUUAAGAGAGGCCUGGGAGGACGUAACAACGCCCCGAAUCACCAAGAUCAUAAGAAGUCUCUUUGAGAUGAUCCCAUACUCGUCUGACAACUUCGAGGAUGUUCUGAAGCUUCUCACUGCUCUUGUGGAAUGGGCAGACAGAGAAAACAAGAAGAUGCUUCGGCUUGAGCUGGAGUGCAAGAGGAUAUAUGCCCUGCUUAAGACGGGGAAGUAUUCAGAGGCUCUGGCACAGAUAGGCCCUGUGGCUCAUGAGCUUAAGAAGUACGACGACAAGAUCAACCUCAUAACUCUGUAUGUAUAUGAAAGCAAGGCCUUCUAUGAGAUAAAGAGCGUCUCGAAAUCAAAGUCGUCCUUGACGUCGGCAAGGGUCCUGGCAGUUUCUGCUUACUGCCCUCCACAGCUCCAGGCACAGAUAGACCUUCUAAACGGAAUCUACAUAUGCGACGAGAGAAACUACGGAGUGGCGUCUUCAUACUUUAUCGAGGCGCUUGAAGGCUUCACACUGGGUAAGAUGGAUGUGGAGGCCUGUGUGUCGCUGAGAUAUCUCAUCCUAUCGAAAAUAAUGGCCAACAGAAGGGAGGAGAUUGGGGCGGUGAUGAGGAACAAAAACACUCUUAAACACCUUGACGACGAGAUGAUCAGAGUUCUUCUCAAGGUCAGCGAGAGCUUUGGAAACAGGGAUCUAAAGUCGUACAGCGAUGUCCUGGCACAGUAUUCUGAUCAGAUACAUCAAGAUUCUUUUAUACGGGAUCAUCUGCAGUAUCUGUACGAUGUCCUUCUCGACAAGAACAUCGUCAAGAUAAUCGAGCCCUACUCUGUUGUGAAGAUCCGCUUUAUAGCCGACGUCCUGGGCUUUGACGUGAACGUCAUUGAGAAGAAGCUCAGGAAGAUGAUUCUGGACAAAGCUGUUGAUGGUACGCUUGACCACAUAGAUGAAUGCUUGAUCCUGCAUGGGGAGAAGGCUAAGAACAACUUUGCAGACGAGUGCAUGAAGCAGGUUGAGGCGCUAGACUGCAUAGUCUCUUCUCGUUAUUAA